UUAAAUUCAAAAGCAGCCAAUGGUGCCGCUGCUUGUGCUCGAACUGACCAAUAGUAGCCGAGCUGAGUUAGACAUUUAAAUCCAUGAAGCCGGGAGGUGGAAGCAGUCUGUUGAGAUCCGCUGGCAGAGCAAGAGCUGUUGUGACCUGUUCUUUCUGUGACUUUAUCCUCUGCGAAAAUGUCCAACAAUGAGAAUGGUGCCCGUCUCACUAGGUUCAAGAACAAGGGCAAGGACUCCACGGAAAUGAGGAGGAGGAGGAUUGAGGUGAACGUGGAGCUGCGUAAGGCCAAGAAAGAUGAUCAGAUGCUAAAGAGGAGAAAUGUCAGCACCUUCCCAGAUGAGCCAACCUCUCCCCUCCAGGAGAAGAACCAGAAUGGGCAGACCUCUUCACAGUGGAGUGUUGAGGAGAUUGUCCGAGGUGUCGCCAACCCUAGCCUGGACAUACAGCUACAGGCCACACAGGCUGCAAGGAAACUUUUGUCCAGAGAGCGUGAGCCACCAAUUGACCGCAUCAUUAAGGCUGGUCUCAUUCCCAAGCUGGUAACUUUUCUGGCCCACUCUGACUGCAGCCCCAUUCAGUUUGAGGCUGCCUGGGCUUUGACGAACAUUGCUUCUGGAACUUCUGAUCAAACCAAGGCUGUUGUUGAAGGCGGUGGUGUCCCGGCCUUCAUCUCUCUUUUGGCAUCUCCUCAUCCUCACAUCAGCGAGCAGGCUGUGUGGGCCUUGGGAAACAUUGCAGGUGAUGGAUCUGCUUACAGAGAUCUGGUUAUUAAACAUGGAGCUGUUGGGCCUCUGUUAGCUUUAUUGGCUGGUCCUGACCUCUCCACAUUAGCUACUGGUUACCUCAGAAACGUUACAUGGACUCUUUCAAACUUGUGCCGCAACAAGAAUCCAGCCCCACCGCUGGAUGCCAUUCAGCAGAUCUUGCCCACAAUAGUGAGACUACUGCAUCAUGAUGACCGAGAGGUACUGGCUGAUACCUGCUGGGCAGUGUCCUACCUCACUGAUGGUUCAAAUGACCGCAUCGACGUGGUGGUCCGCACAGGCUUAGUCUCUCGCAUUGUCCAGCUACUGGCCUGUGGAGAGCUGACAGUUGUGACCCCUUGUCUGAGAACUAUUGGGAACAUUGUGACUGGCACAGAUGAGCAGACCCAAGUGGUUCUUGACGCUGGGGCUUUAUCUGCCUUUACUGAGCUGCUCACGCACCACAAGAAUAACAUCCAGAAGGAAGCUGCCUGGACAUUGUCCAACAUUACUGCUGGGCGUCAGGACCAGAUCCAGGAAGUGGUCAAUUGUGGGCUAAUUCCCUACCUCGUUGAAAUCCUUAGGAAGGGUGACUACAAGACCCAGAAAGAAGCUAUUUGGGCAGUCACAAACUACACAAGUGGGGGAACAAUAGAUCAAAUUAUCUACCUCGUCCAAUGUGGUAUCAUCGAGCCUCUGUCAAAUCUCCUGUCAGUCAAGGACAGCAAGACUGUGCUGGUCAUGCUAGAUGCAUUCACCAAUAUAUUUGCUGCUGCUGAUAAGAUUGGGGAAACUGAGAAGCUGUGCCUAAUGGUAGAGGAAUGUGGUGGUCUUGACCGCAUUGAGGCUUUGCAAUCUCAUGAGAAUGAGCAGGUUUACAAAGCAUCGGCUGCUCUCAUUGAGAAAUACUUCUCUGCAGAGGAUGGAGAAGAUGAAUCAUUGGCUCCUGAGACCACAGCCGACGGCUAUGCUUUCCAGGUGGAAGGUGGAACUCACACUACAUUUAACUUCUAAAACACUGCCAUGUCUGUCCCCUUUUUUUCUAUGUGAACCUGCACUUUGUCUUAUUUCAAGUGUCUUCUCCACACUGUAAAUAUACUGUGAAUCUUAAAUCUGUGUUCAAAUUUAAUAAAAUGUUGUAAAUAUAUUCUUUUUAAAUUUACAGCAGGCAGCAGCUGCCAGACCAGCCUUUCUCAUUCAAACGCAAAGGUAGCUGUGACCACCAUAACCUCUUAAUGCAGAGAUUUUAUUGUUUUGGAACAAUUCCAGCCACUGUCAGCACUUAGCACAAUUUUAGAUAAAGGGGUUUCUGAAAAUAAAUUGGUAAUAAAAAUUUGAGUUGUGAUCCCCUGUGCCUUAUAUAAACCACUGUUUGUCUGGUCCUGGGUCCACUUAUGUCCAGGUUCAGUAACUAAUCCAUAGACUUGCCAUCUCUGCUCUGAGCCCCCUGUAUAACUAAGAACUAGUCUUAGCUUGGAGGCUGCACACUGAUGUUCUUUGUACAGCCUCUUUAUAUUGCAACUGUUUACAAUAAAUUCCUUUUGGCAAAAAAA